AUGGCAGUGGUAAAAUUCUUACACGGCUUGAAUUAUUGGCUGUCGGAGCAUCCGUCGGUCGUCUACUUCCGGUGGAGCCCCACCCAAUUAUGGGGCGCCACGUGGUCGUUCCUCAUCACAUCUAUCUCCGCCUACAUCGCCGUCGCCGGCGUCCUGCGUGUAAUCCUCCUCUUCCUGGGCCGGAUUAAACCGGUCCGGUUCGGGCCGGUCCCCGCCCUUCACAGCCUGGCUAUGGCCCUCCUCUCCGCCACGAUCUUCGCCGGAAUGCUGUCGUCCUCCGUGGCGGAAAUCCGCGACACACGGUGGUUCUGGCGGCGGUCGAAAACCCCUUUCCAGUGGCUCCUCUGCUUCCCGCUCGGCACCCGCCCCUCCGGCAGGGUUUUCUUCUGGUCCUACAUUUUUUACCUCUCCCGAUUUCUCCACAUCUUCCGGACAGUCUUCGCCAUCCUCGGAAGCCCCGACAGGUUUCCGCACUUCCAGGUGCUCAACCACUCCAUCCUCAUCGUCAUGUCGUUCCUCUGGCUCGAGUUCUCGCAGUCCUUCCAGGUUCUGGCGAUCCUGUCCAUGACCCUCGUCUUCGCCCUUGUCUACACUUACAGGUACUGCACCGAAAUCGGGAUCUUACAAAAGUCCUCCUUCCCAUUAUUCGUCGUGUCCUGCCGGAUCAUGCUGGCGGUGACAACCUUGGCCUGGCACAUCGGAGUCCUCGUCCUCCAUUUCUCGAAAGGCGGCUGCAAUGGAAUGGGGGCCUGGCUUUUCAACACGCUGCUCAACAGCUUCGUCCUCCUGCUUCUGCUCAACUUCUACGUUAAAAGAAGCUUAGGAGAUCAGAGGGAUUUCCAAUUAGACAAAACCCUAAUUAAUCAGGAAGACAUGAGUGACAAUUGCAAGAAACUGAUCAGUUCGAAGCUCCGAUGAUUGUUUGACCCGUUUCUUAUUUUAUUACAUUCUUGUAUUAUACCUCCAAAUAAGUCGAUCGAAGAGAAGGGGCUGGCAUUUUCAGAAGAUCUGUAAUGUAAAUACGUAUAAUGGCACCAGGCUGGCAGCUCUAAAAGUCAGUUCUACGAUACAAAAUCUCGACAUGGUAUAAUUUUACAUGAAUGUAUAUUAGUACAUAUCACAUGUUAAAACAGAGAGAAUUCCGUUUCUUUGAGGCAGAAAGCAAUUGCCAGACGAAGGGAAUUCUAGACUGGGCAAAUACAUGAAAGAUUAAGACAGCAUUAAUGAUAACAUAUGAUGGUGAAAUAUCGUGUAUUUUUAAGUAUUGAACAUCAACAUUGUCAAGGACGUGAGGCAGCCGCCGAAGACGAUUUUAUUUAUUUAUUUAAUUAAUUUAUAUGAUUAUUAAUAUCACGGAGUACGAAUAAUUGAACUUCCAUUUAAGUCAUGGCCUGUGAAUCAAUUAUUGCAAACACAGAUACAGGAAUUAUCAAAUUCCAGAGACCUCAAGGGGAAUUCUACAUUCAGUCUAAAGGGCCCUCUGGGCCUA